GGUGCGCUGUAAUUCAAAAUGGCGUCUAGAAACAUGUGCAUUGGGAUGUUUUGUUAGCGAAUUAACUUAAAUUUUAUACGAAUUUAGCAAUUUUUAUAAUUAAAUCAUGGAUUAUUCUAAUAUCAGCCGCGAAGAACUUUGUAAACCCGUAAAGGAAUUAAAAGAUAAGUGGAAAUUGUUACCUGCUUUCCUCCAAGUUAAAGGUUUAGUGAAGCAACACAUCGAUUCCUUCAAUUAUUUCGUUAAUGUGGAAAUUAAAAAGAUAAUGAAGGCCAACGAGAAGGUAACAAGUGAAUGUGAUCCACUUUUUUAUUUAAAAUACACAAAUAUAUACGUUGGAACUCCUGAGAUAGAAGAAGGAUUACAGAUUACCAAAGCUACAAAUCCACAUGAGUGUCGUUUGAGAGAUUUAACAUAUUCUGCACCAAUUACUGUCGAUAUUGAGUAUACCAGAGGUCAACAGAGAGUUGUGAGGAAUUCAGUCACAAUAGGAAGAAUGCCUAUAAUGCUUAGGAGUUCAAAAUGUGUUCUUACUGGAAAAUCUCCCGCAGAGUUGGCAAAAUUAAAUGAAUGCCCUUAUGAUCCUGGCGGUUACUUCAUUGUGAAUGGAGCUGAGAAAGUUAUUCUACUUCAAGAGCAGCUUUCCAAAAAUAGAAUGAUAGUGGAAGAGGAUCGCAAAGGAGGAAUUACCUGCCAAGUCACCAGUUCGACUCACGAGAGGAAAAGUAGGACGAACAUCACCGUGAAGAAAGGAAAUUAUUAUUUAAAGCAUAACAGUUUUACAGAUGAUAUACCGAUUGCUAUUGUAUUUAAGGCUAUGGGUAUAGAGAGCGAUCAGGAGAUAGUUCAGAUGAUCGGUACCGAUGAUCACGUUUUGUCGGCAUUUGCGUCGUCCUUAGAAGAGUGCCAUCAGGCUCAAGUGUAUAGCCAGAUGCAAGCAUUGAGAUUUAUGGGUGGAAAAGUUAGACAAAGAAAGAUGUUUGGAGGUGCUAAAAAAUCUGUCGUCGAAGAAGCACGCGAUCUUCUAGCUACUACGAUCCUUGCUCAUGUGCCUGUUGAACAAUUUAAUUUUAAGUUGAAGGCUCUUUAUAUGGCAUUAAUGAUAAGAAGAGUAAUACAGGCUCAGCAAAACACAAAGUUAAUUGAUGACAGAGAUUAUUAUGGAAAUAAACGAGUUGAACUGGCUGGAAGUUUACUAGCUUUGUUAUUCGAAGAUGUUUUCAAAAGAUUGAAUGGUGAUAUAAAAGCUAUAGCAGAUAAAAAUAUUCCAAAAGUGAAAGCUUCAAUAUUCGAUGUUUUUAAAUAUAUGAGACAAGAUUUGAUAACUAAUGGUUUAGUGACUGCGAUAUCCACUGGAAAUUGGACCGUUAAACGUUUUAAGAUGGAAAGAAUUGGUGUUACACAAGUGUUAUCUCGUCUAUCAUACAUAUCUUGUUUGGGAAUGAUGACUAGGAUCAACAGUCAGUUUGAAAAAACCAGAAAAGUUUCUGGUCCCAGAUCUCUACAACCAUCUCAAUGGGGAAUGCUUUGCCCUUCAGAUACACCUGAAGGAGAAUCUUGUGGUCUAGUUAAAAAUUUGGCACUUAUGACUCAUAUUACAACUGAUUUAGAAGAAGGACCUAUUUGUAAAUUAGCCUUUAAUUUAGGUGUUGAAGAUAUACAUUUACUAAAUGGAGAGGAACUUAGUAAUCGUAAUGUGUAUAUGGUAUUUGUGAACGGUAAUAUUCUCGGAGUCGUUAGAGAACAUAAGAGACUCGUUCAUACUUUCAGAAUGCUUAGAAGAGCCGGUUAUAUUAAUGAGUUUGUAUCUAUAUUUCCUAAUCAUACCCAUCGCUGUAUAUAUAUAGCAUCUGAUGGUGGAAGAAUGUGUAGACCGUAUAUAAUAGUGAAGAAUGGCAAACCUAAAGUACUUCAAAGACAUUUAGAAGAGUUGAAUCAGGGACUUAGAUUCUUUGAAGAUUUUCUGCGGGAAGGACUUGUCGAAUAUUUAGAUGUCAAUGAAGAAAAUGAUAGUAAUAUUGCACUUUAUGAGUCUGAUAUAAAUGAAAAUACAACUCACUUAGAAAUCGAACCAUUUACAUUACUAGGUGUCUGUGCCGGAUUAAUACCGUAUCCUCAUCAUAAUCAGUCACCACGUAACACUUAUCAGUGUGCUAUGGGUAAGCAAGCCAUGGGAACUAUUGCUUUGAAUCAAAGAAAUCGUAUUGAUACAUUGCUUUAUUUGUUGGUUUAUCCCCAAAAACCAAUGGUAAAAUCUAGAACAAUUGAAAUUAUUAAUUUUGAAAGUCUUCCAGCAGGUCAAAAUGCAACUGUUGCUGUGAUGAGUUACAGUGGUUAUGAUAUAGAAGAUGCUUUAAUUAUGAACAAGGCAUCGAUUGAUAGAGGAUUUGGUCGUUGCCUUGUAUAUAGAAAUCAAAAGUGUCUCAUAAGGAGAUACUCAAAUGCAACACACGAUCGAAUUUUGGGUCCAAUUGUCGAUGGCACAACUGGUAAACCCAUUUGGAAACACGAAGUGUUAGAUGCAGAUGGGAUAGCCGCUCCUGGUGAAAGAGUAGAAAAUCGGCAAGUUCUCAUAAACAGAUCAAUGCCAUCUGUCACUUCAAAUCCUAUUCAAGCCACACCAAACUUGAUGCAACAACCCGAAUUCCGAGAGGUGCCAUUAAGUUAUAAAGGUUUAGUUUCAUCGUCAGUAGAGAAAGUAAUGAUUUCGACUAAUAGUGACGAAUCUUACCUAAUUAAAAUGUUGCUCCGUCAAACUAGAAGACCAGAAAUAGGUGACAAAUUCAGUAGUAGGCAUGGACAGAAAGGUGUUAUAGGGCUGAUCGUUCAGCAAGAAGACAUGCCUUUUAACGAUAACGGAAUCUGUCCCGACAUGAUUAUGAAUCCUCAUGGUUUCCCAUCAAGAAUGACUGUUGGGAAAUUAAUAGAAUUGUUAGCCGGUAAAGCAGGUGUAUUAGAAGGGAAGUUUCACUACGGUACUGCAUUUGGAGGAAGCAAAGUUGAAGACGUGAGCCAAGAACUUAUAAAAAAUGGCUUUAAUUAUUUGGGGAAAGAUUGCCUAACAUCAGGAAUUACAGGAGAACCUUUAACAGCAUACAUUUAUUUCGGUCCAGUAUUUUAUCAGAAACUGAAACACAUGGUUUUGGAUAAGGUCCACGCGCGUGCUCGUGGUCCAAGAGCCGUGUUGACCAGGCAACCGACCGAAGGAAGAUCCAGGGAAGGCGGUCUGCGUCUGGGUGAAAUGGAACGCGACUGUCUGAUCGGCCACGGAGCCAGCAUGUUACUGUUAGAGAGACUUAUGUUAUCUAGCGACGCCUUCGACGUUGAUGUCUGCAACAAUUGCGGACUGCUCGGUUAUUCCGGGUGGUGCCACUACUGCCGUUCCUCACGUCACGUUGCUUCCAUAAGGAUUCCUUACGCAUGCAAGUUACUGUUUCAGGAAUUACAAUCUAUGAAUGUUAUUCCGCGAAUUAAGUUGUCCAGAUAUUUUGAGUGACCAAAAUUUCUGAUUAAAUGUAAAAUUUGGAGUA